AUGCCUUCUUCUGCAUCUUCUCUUCAUGGCUCUCGGUUUGUGCUCAAGAAGAUGCCUUUGUUACCCCUUUCCUCCCAUCCUUUGUCAACCUCGGCAUCUAUGGUCAAGGAUGCUCAGUUCAAACAGCUACCUCCCAUCCUGCACCAUUUUCUUACCCUCUUGCAGGAGUUUUCAAGAAGCAUUAUCCAUGUCAAGUCGAUUCAUGCUCAAAUCAUCACUAAUUUUCUAUCCUCAGAUGAAUUUGUGGCCACCAAAUUAGUCAAAACAUAUUCUGAUUUGGGUAGGUUAUGUGAUGCCCGCAAGGUAUUUGAUCGAAUAACUGACCCCAAAGUCUUCCUAUGGAAUGCUAUGAUGGGUGGGUACCUCAGAAAUGAACGAUACAUUGAAACCCUUGAAUUAUAUCGGAUAAUGAGAUCUCAUGGUCUGCAUACUGAUAGUUGCACCUGUACUUUUGCGCUUAAGGCUUGUACAAGCUUGUCAAAUGUUGAAAUAGGAACGGAAAUACUGAAAGAGGCUGCUGGUAAUGGGUUGUCAAACGAUCCCUUUUUUGGGAGUUCUAUGAUAAAUUUCUUGGUGAAAUGUGGAAACAUAGAUGAAGCUCAAAGAGUAUUUAAUGAAAUACCCCAGAAAGAUGUUGUUUGUUGGAAUUCUAUAAUUGGGGGCUAUGUACAGGUUGGUAGUUUUGAUAGGGCUUUUGACCUGUUUUCCAAGAUGCGACAUUGUGGAAUUAGACCGAGUGCAAUAACCAUGGUGAACUUAAUUCAUGCAUGUGGAGGAACUGGAAAUUUGGAUAUUGGGAAAAGCAUUCAUGCAAGUGUGAAUUGUUUGGGGUUGAGUUGUGAUAUCUUGGUACUUACAUCUUUGGUUGAUAUGUAUAGCAAAAUGGGUGAUAUUGAAAGUGCUCAGCAGGUUUUUAAUAGGAUGCCUUCAAGGAAUUUGGUAUCAUGGAAUGCCAUGAUUUCAGGAUAUGUGCAGAAUGGAUUGGUUUGUGAAUCAUUUGAACUCUUCUAUAAGCUGAUCUUAAGUGGUAGUGCCUUUGAUUCUGCGACAAUAGUUAGCCUCCUUCAGGCUUGUGCUCAUAUAGCCUGUUUGAAUGGUGGGAAGAUUCUCCAUGCUUGUGCUUAUAGAAGAGGUUUUGAAUCAAAUCUCAUUGUGUUGACUGCUAUUGUGGAUUUGUACGUGAAAUGUGGUGCUUUGAAUUUGUCAACUUCUGUUUUUAAUAGAAUGAAGGGGAGAAAUGUGAUCUCUUGGACUGCAAUGUUGGUAGGAUUAGCACAGAAUGGGCAUGCAGAGGAUGCAUUAAAAUUAUUUGGUAAGAUGCAAGAGGAGGGAGUUGCUGCAAAUUCUGUUACUCUUGUUAGUUUAAUUCAUGCUUGUUCACAUCUAGGCUCUUUGAAGAAAGGAAAGAGUGUGCAUGCCCAUUUACUCCGGUGCGGCUUUAUAUUUGAUACAGUUAACUUGACAGCCCUGAUCGAUAUGUAUGCCAAGUGUGGAACCAUAGAGUCUGCAGAGAGAUUGUUCAACAAUAGAUCUUUGUCUAAUGAUAUUGUGCUCUGGAAUUCCAUGAUAACAACCUAUGGCAUACAUGGUAAUGGACAUAAUGCUAUUAGAAUCUACAACAAAAUGAAAGAGGAGGGUCUUGUGCCAAACCAUACUACUCUCAUUUCUCUUCUAUCUGCUUGUAGCCACUCAGGGCUAGUUGAAGAGGGGAUAGCUAUCUUUCAUAGCAUGAGUAUAGAUCAUGGAGUUAAGCCGGGCGAGAAACAUUAUGCUUGCUUAGUGGAUCUUCUCAGCCGAGCUGGUCGCCUUGAAGAAGCUGAGGCAUUGAUCAAUCAAAUGCCUUUUGCACCAAGUGAUGCAGUGCUUGAGGCUUUGCUGAGUGGAUGCCGGACUCACAAAAACAUUGAUAUGGGUAUCCGUACUGCAGAUAAAUUGCUUAGUUUAGAUUCCAUGGAUCCUGGAAUUUAUGUUAUGCUAUCUAAUAUAUAUGCGGAAGGAAGGAGAUGGGGUGAAGUAGACUAUGUAAGGGGCAUUAUGAGGAAGAGAGGAUUGAGGAAAACACCAGGAUAUAGUUUGAUUGAAGUCUGUAACCAAGUCCAUGCAUUUUUUUCUGGUGAUGAUUCACAUCCAUUAUGGGAAGAAAUUCAUUUGAUGUUGGAGGGUUUAAGAAUACAAAUAGAGGCUUCAUACUAUGUUCCCCAUGCUACUUUAUAUUAA